AUGGUUUGUCUGAAACUCUUGAGACCUUCAACUCUCUCCUCCUUCAUCAACGUUAAUCUUAAAAUACAGUCGUCGUUGCCGCCGCCGAUCCGGCAUUGCCGACGUUGGAUAGCCACCGUUGUCGCCAAUGGGAGACGACAGAAGAGGGAGGAUUUAACAUGCGAAAAAAUCGACUCCGAUUUCGCUCCUAAUUGGAAGGUUCUAAUCGAACCGACAAAUUGGUACGACGAUCAAAUGGAGCGGUACAAUAAACAAAGCCUCGCUGGCUGCACUCGAGGGCCGGGGCUCUACGAACUCGGCAUGCUAAGGUUGUUGCCGCAACACGGCGAAAUAAUUGGCCCCGACUCGAGUGCUUUGCUUCCUACUUACAUUGGUCGUGCAAAGAAUGUUUGUGUUAGGUUGCAGCAAUACGGCCGCAAUGGCGCGCAUUUGGAGAACGGAUGCUCGUGUCCUAAGCUUUUUUCUAGGGUUUUGUCCUUAGGGUUCGCAAUUACAUUUCGCGUGGCGCCGAUGGACAACUUGGAAGUAGCGAAGAACGUCGAAGACAAGCUCCUCGACACAUAUGACUAUGCGUGGAAUGACAAAAAAAAUGGCGGACGUCGGCCUCAUGAUAUCUACGAAAAGAUCGAGUUAUUAUGCAAGAAAGAGUCCCUUACUAAUGUUGUCGUACAGAAUGAUUAA